CGCACGCACACCUGAACAAAUUAUCAUCAGUUUUUGACGUUCGUUCACUUGUAAAACACUGCAAAAUUGAUAAGUUCAACCAUAAACUAUUCAAAAUAACUUGUAUCUUUUGAUUACAAUUACAAAUAAAUAGUGUAUUGGUGCUAAUAUAAGUUGUGAUAGUUUAAAAGUGAUAAAGUUCGCGACAUAACCUUAGGCGAUUCUUGGAACCGCGUUUGCUGCGAUCGAGACGAGGCGCGAGACCUUGAUAUCUAGUUCCUUGGACGACCGACAACGAAGGGACAGUUUAUAUAGGAUCGUUCAUGCCUGAGGAGGUAUGUUUUUAGUUUACAAUUUGUGAUCUCGAAUUUGUGAGUUUAUUCCGGGUUAUUGGUAAUUAAGUAUACUUGUUAGAAUAGUGACGUGGUGUGUUCAUUAAAAAAGCUUUGACAAUAGGAAGUGUGAAAUUGGAAUCUGCUUUAAUUAUGACGAAGUUAAAAUUAUGUGCGUUUUGAUACUGCCGUGUGCGGAAGGACCGCUGUGAGGUGUCCGCGGAGACGUUUUAUGUAGUGCCAUGGACAUCGGCGGAGAGAGCGUGUUGCCGACCGGUCUUGUAGAGCAAAAUGAUGGCGAAGGAGCCAACCUGAGUGAUGUUUUCGACGUGAUUUCGCAAUACGAGCCCACGUUCGGCGCGGGCGCGGCCGCAGUGCCAGCGGACAACAUGCCGCACCCGCCCGCGCCCUCAGCUGGACCAUACACCAAGAUUGUUGAACAGCCGGCCGGAAAGGCGCUCAGAUUCCGUUACGAAUGCGAGGGCCGGUCGGCGGGUUCGAUUCCCGGCGUGAACAGCACGCCGGAGAACCGGACGUACCCUACGAUAAAGAUAUGCGGAUACCGCGGCCGCGUCGUCAUCGUCGUCUCCUGCAUCACCAAGGAGGACCCCUACAAACCUCAUCCCCACAACCUGGUGGGGCGGGACUGCCACCGGGGCGUGUGCACGGUCCGGGAGACGAUAGACAGUGACACGUGUCAGGUGCAGUUCAAGAACCUGGGCAUCCAGUGCGUCAAGAGGCGCGACAUCGCGGAGGCGCUGCGGGUCAGGGAGGAGUUGAGGGUCGACCCGUUCAGAACCCGCUAUGCCCACAAAAAUCAGCCGCAGAGCAUAGAUCUCAACGCCGUCCGGCUCUGCUUCCAAGUGUUCAUGACCGACGACACGGGUAAAGUGAGGCAGACCCUCACGCCAGUCGUCUCCGACGUCAUCUACGACAAGAAAGCUAUGAGCGAGCUGCAGAUCGCGCAGAUCAGCCACUGCUCAGGGUCCGCCAAGGGCGGCACCAGGGUCAUACUGCUCUGUGAGAAGGUGAACCGCGAGGAUACAGCGGUGGUGUUCUUCCAAGAGGAGAACAAGAAGGUGGUUUGGGAGGAGCGCGCGCACAUCGAGGCGGUCCACAAACUGGUCGCCAUCGUGUUCCAAACACCGCCCUACAGGCAUCCGAACACCACUGAACAUGUCACUGUGCAACUGCAGCUGCAACGACUGACGGACAACGCGCGCAGCAGCCCCGUCAGCUUCGAGUACAUCCCGGCGCGGCUCUACUCCCCAGGUGCUCGCAAGCCGCUCCCCGACCUCGGGCUCCUCGCCAGGCUCCUCGACGGCGCCGCCCCCCCAGCACCCCCAGCACCAGACACCAACAACAACAAACCUUUACUCGACCGCGACGCCGCCCUCGUCAGUUCCACUAGUGAUUCCCUCGACGCGGCGGAACCCUCGUCGGACGAAGGUUCCGCCGCCGUCGCAGACAUCAACGGGAACCUCGAGGACGAGGCCGAGCCGAUGGAUAUCCCCGACCCGAACGAAAAGAGUCUGAACGACCUUCUAGAUCAGGUCGCGGAACUGGACGAGAUCUACUCGGAGAAUCGCACGCGUCUCGAAAACGUUUCGUCCCUGACCAACGAUCAUGAGACCGAUCUGGAGGACUUCAACGAUGCCGGGACCUAUACUAGCCUCCAGUUAGCGUUUAAGAACCCCGUACAGAUCACGGAGCCCGAGUACCUGCCGUACGAAGACGUACAAGUGCAGUCGUACCGCGGCCCCACCAUAGAGUUCACUUCGCUGAAACGCGAACCGGAAGCGGACAGAGCGCCGCCGCUUCCGCCGAAGCGCGUGCGCAAGCCGCCGCCGGAAACGUUUAAGACCAGUCAGACGUCCGUGGACAGCAUCCUGAAGCCGGGCCGACAGCUGCCCAUCACGCGGAACCCCCCGGAGAUUGUGAAGCGUAACCGCACCGAGCUGUCGGUGGCCAGGAGCGAGCCGGCGCUCCCGCCCGUGAAGAAGCGAUCGUUCUUCUCCCGUCUGUUCAGACGGAAGGAGAAAUCGCCGGCUCCGAGCGUUCGCUCCGAGGGGAAGAAGGAGAAGACCAAGCCGGUGGGACGGUCCAUCAGCAGCGUCUCCGGCGUGAGGCCGGCCAAGUUCAAAUCGAACGUAUCCUCGCUGAAGGACAACGCGUCCGCCACCGGACUGAGUUACGCAGAUAGCGUGACACAUAUAUCUUUACACGGCGAUGAUAACGAGCGGUCGGCUUCGGCCUGGUCCUUGCGGAGACCAGCCAGCUUAGCGCCUCUUCCACCGACGGAUGGAGAUACGAUCCUGGUGGCGGAAAGCGUGCUGGCACUUGACGCGUCGAGCUUUAAGAAGCUUCAGGAUGACCUGGAUCUGACUGAGGCGGAGCAUUACGCGCUAUACAUGGCGGUGGCACCGCAUGCCACGGUUUCGGAGUUUGACGAGACCAGUUGCUACUACUCGCCGGUAGAUGGCAGCAAAUUUCAAAAUCAAUGAUUUCUCCUACACAACAGUCGUGCGCGAAUAAACGAAUCGGAACAGAUUGAAAAAUAUUUCUUUCUACGUAUAAAUACAUCGUAUAUCCGUAAUGAUUUUAUACUCUGUUGGUUUAAACUUGGUAUAUUUAGCUGAGAAAGUCUUUCUUUUUACUGAAAUAACACAAAGAAAUACAAGUUAGAAAUCAAAUUAAAUUUGUUUAAUCCGAGCCACUAGAUUCUAACAUUGAAAUAUAAACAUACGCAAAUACUUUGGUCAGUUAACAAUAUAGCAAGUGUUCCGUUUUACACGACAUCACUGAUGACU